GCGUGCCCGUGCGGGGCGUUCCGGGCGUGUCCGCGGAGCCGGGCCGCUCAUGUCCGUGCGGCCCCGGUGAGGCCGCUCCCGGCGUGUCCACGAGACUCCCGUGGAGUCCGUAACGCGCCCGUCAGGCAGGUCUCGGGCUGUUUGUGGGGAACCCCUCGGAGCCUGGCUCGGGGCUCUCAGGGGCCUGGGCUGGACCGCCCGUGUUCGUGCUGCUGUUCAUCUUCGUGAAGCGCCAGAUCAUGCGCUUCGCCAUGAAAUCCCGCCGCGGCCCCCACGUGCCUGUGGGACAGCAUGCGCCCAAGGAUUUAAAGGAGGAGAUUGACAUUCGACUAUCAAGGGUGCAGGACAUCAAGUACGAACCACGGCUGCUGGCUGAGGACGAUGGCCGGCUCCUGCAGUUGGAGACACCAGGCUGCUAUAACUACCUGUACAGGAUGAAGGCACUGGAUGCAAUCAGGACAUCAGAAAUCCCAUUUCAAGCAGAGGGCCGGUACCCAAAGUCUUUAAUAGGGAAGAACUUCUGUGCCUACCUGCUGGAACUACGGAAUUCCAGUGCCUCCUUCAAAGGCAUCCGCAAAGCCUUGAUCGACACCUUGCUGGAUGGGUACGAGAGUGCCCGCUAUGGCACUGGGGUCUUUGGGAAAGCAGAAUAUCUGAAGUACCAGGAAGCUCUGAACGAGCUGGCGAACAUCACCAAGGCCCGGGGGGGCAGCAGCCAGCGGCAGCACCAGUCAGCAGCAAAGGACCUCACCCUGUCCCCUGAAGUCUCCAACCCCACCACCAUCCAGGUCACCUACCUGCCUUCCAGCCAGAAGAGCAAACGUGCCAAACACUUUCUGGAGCUGAAGAGCUUCAAGGACAACUACAACACGCUGGAGAGCACCCUGUGAGCACGUGGGGCCUGGUGCAGUGCGUGUGCAGGCAGCACUGGGAGGAAGCAGCUGCGCUCUCAGAUCUCCCCUUCACACCACAUCUCCGUUCCGACUGAUGGAACUCGGCCCUUGCCAGAAGCCCAUUCCAGAGCAGUGUACCUGCCUGCUGAGCCCAAGGGGAUUGGCUCCACAGCCUCCUCUGCCACAGGCUUGUGACACUCCAGGCUUUGAGUCCUGCACCGUCUUGGACCCUGUGAAUAAACUGAUUAGCUUGAUCUUA